AUGCUGUCCCAUCUGCGGUUCCACAGGCGAGGGCCUGCAUCGAACCCUACCUCGCCCUCUCCCGAUCAGAAUCCUACUUCACCUACUGCCGGCCACCCUGCUUCGCCUUUCUCUCCCGAUGCUCUCUCCCCAGACUUGCGACCGGCCUCUUCGAACCCUUCUGCCUUACCCCCUACUCUACCACCUAUAGACCGUGUCACCACAGGAGACUUUGGGAAUUCGCGAGACAGUCGCCAAUAUGCUACCACGACAAGCCCGAUAAAUACUCGGCCUCAACCAGCUUCGAAGACAUCAAGUUUCAUCGGCGGUGUUGCCCUCAGAAAGUACCAGCGUGAUAUAGAAGCGCAAGCUACCGAGGCUCCAGACAACACAAGGCCUGGUCUAGUUCAACAAUCGGCUUCUCAGCCAGCAUUGACCUCGAACAAUCUACCCUUGCGGCCGUCACCACAGUUUUUGAGAAAUACAAGAGCUACAUCCUCUUUCAGUACACCUACAGAGUUCCAGAACUCCGCUGCGCCAACUGGUCGCCGACCUGCAGGUACCCGGUUGACUACGGAACUCCCCUCGCUUACACAAACAACAAGCAACACAGAAAACCCAAAAGCCAAGAAAGGGCUACCAUUUCUCAAGAAACCAAUGUCGACGUUAUUGAUGAGGCGCAAGAACAGCCAACAUGCUCCUGACUUGCGCCCAUUACCCUUGACGAAGCAAAGGGAGGACCCGAUAUAUGAUCCCCGUAUCAUGGGAACUCGGGUCCAUGACUUCAGUGCGCCGCGACCCAAGAAGAACAACACACCGAGCAGGGAAAACACGCAGCCUUCGCUGCCCUCGCCGGUUCCCAAUUCUGCCCCUCUUCCUACCCAAUACAGGUUCUUGAACCCGCCUGAUACCCAGAUCGACCAAACUCCUCUUUCAGCCUCCGCUCUGACACGAAGGGAGCCCAGCAAUGCUUCCGAAUCUAUUUACUCUCAAGAUUCGAGGACAUUAAGGAUGACACCAAGCACGGCCUCCGCUGGCGUCCAUGCCCCUAUUGGGGAUUUGGACGCUCUCGUUCUUUCAGAUGCGCCUCCAGUCCCUCCCAAAGACGACAGCCCUAUCUCGGUUCAGCCAAGGUCGCCUCAAGCAUCACGUUUGAUCGACGAAGAUGCUUAUAUCCACGAGAGGUCAUCAUCUUCAUUUAGGGCUGGUAGAUCCAGGGGUCCCUCGUUAUCUGGACUAUCAGGUAAGGACAUAGCUUCGGCGAUACCUCGACAUAUGAAGAGUACGUCGUCAAGGUUCAGUUUCGACAUGGUUGGUGCUGCGAAGCAAGAAAAGAUCCUUGAGGACAGACAUCGACAACGUGAACUUGAGAAAAAGACAGCCGAAGUACCCGCCGCACGAGAUUCGCGUUUUGAUGACUUUGACGACGAUGGAUUCGAUUACGAUGCUAUGAUGGAGGACGAUGGCUUUGAAGAGGAAAUUCCUAUGGUUGGUGAUGACUUCGAUGACAUGGACGACGGCUUUAACAACGGCUUGAACGACGACUUUAAUGAUUAUAAUAUUAACAACAUGUCAUCGAGCAAACCCUUGGAUGCUCAUCUCGACAACAACAUGAACAAUACUCUCAAUAGGACCAUGGAUGAUGAACCAGACGAAGAUUUUGAUCCUGACGAUGAUCAGGAAAACUUUUCUGGUUUUGUGUUCCAGCGAUCAGGCCCUACAUCAGCGUUGACUAGUCCACGCAGCGCAGGGCUCUUACCGACCCCGAGGGAUGCGGAAGGCAAUCGAAUUGGAUAUGCCAUGAGUCAAUACACACCGAAUAUGUUUGCAAGCUUGUCUCCCUCCCACCCUCCUGACCAACGGGCGAGCCAAGAGAUGGAGGCUGGUGGACUGGGAAUCCAAGGACUGGAUGUUCCAAGGGUGCCUAGCCUCGAGAAUGAGGCAGCAUUCCAGAAGAACCGGGACCUGCCACCAAUUGAUACAGGACGUACAUUAAACGAUGACGAGCUCUAUUACGAUGACGGGAUGCUGGAAUUCGAGAGCAAUGAAUUCGCCAAGGACCUCGCUGCCCCUCCUGAAUGGGAUGAUACCCCUUUUGAUGAGUCAAUCUUUGAUAACAAUGAUACCGAUCAAUUUGGUCGACCAAUAGCGGGCGCAUUCGCACAAGCGCAGUCACAAUCGUUGAAUCGAUCUGGAAAUCAAGAUGAAACGAAUCGGGUAUCUGAUACAACGGCGCCAUUCUCUGCGGGCUCAGAGACUUCUAAGACAACAGCCCAUACAUCGCUAAGUGCUGUUGAAAAGCAAAUCGACGAGCCUGAUGCUCCACAAGAGAGCCUUGUCACUGAAUCAUCUCCUGAACCUUCUGUCGUGCCGCUUUCGUCGUCACCUCAGGAUGGGGAUGAUUCGGCAGCAUAUCAAGCUGCUCUUGUUGCGGCAACUUUCCAAGCGGUAGCAUCGGGCAAGUUUCAACGGGGAUCUUCUCCCCCGCCUGACGAUUCUAUAUUGUCUGAGCAAAAUCGUUCACCAAAUUCACCAGAUCAGGACAACUCCUUCAGACAGGACGACUAUGAAAGCUUUGAUGAUUAUGGCGACUACAAUGACUCUUAUGAGAACAUGGCUGAAUUCGAGCUUGACGACGAUGCCAUUAUUGCCGAGGCCAACGCAGAUGCUCUGGCUAAUGACUGUGAUGGCUGGUACGGCCAGGAAUUCGGCUUCUAUUCAGCAGCAGCUGGCCAGCAGCAAACACCAGACUUUGAAUAUGCCAAUGGUGGCUUCUUCGGCCCCAAGGGCGGUUUAGACCGCUCGGCCAGUGGGCGUAUGAUCUCAAGAGAGCCAAAUCUAACACCCAUUACCGAGCGAUCCGAAUAUUCUAACAGAAACUCGUUUAUGAGUCUCGGUAUGCCUAGCUUUGGCGGUACAACGCCCCUUCAGAGUCCUGGUCUAGCUCAACUUGCUCUUCUGGGUGACCGUGGCGAUGAGAUGACAUUGUCUGCUCUACUUCGCCUUCGGUCCAGAGCGUGGGGCGGCUCUCAAGCAAGUCUCGCGUCGAGUCAAAACGGAUCCCCUCGUGAAGAGAGGGGUGAUCUUCCCAUGUCACCGUGGGGCCAGAGCAUCAUGAGUCCAACAACUUUUCAUACUCGAAAGAAUUCGGUCCUGUCUACCAUCAGCCACGAGUCGGACAGUGUUAGCGCGUCUGGAAGCCCUACCUUGACGGGUGGCAUCCCCGGGUUGAUGUUAUCUCCCCCUCCUGUUCCAUCACUAGCCAAGCUCGAAACCGGCGUGAAAGAGGGUGCUCAGGUAGCACCUCUCAACGUCAGCAGGCCUACAUCAAGGACAUUUGAUAAACCCAUCUCGCCGAUUUCUGACUCUGAGGAGAGCAUGCCACCAUCAGCUAUGGUGAGCCCACUGGAGCCUUCCAACAGGGCCAGCACGGCUAGCAUGGCCGAGUCAAGCUCAUCCCCUAAGCGUCCGGGUUUGGGGCACCGACAUAAAGGAUCCGCUGAUAGUAUAUCAUACACCAAAGAGGAGGACAGUGGCGCUACACGCUGGGUCAUGGAGCGACGACGCACUGGAGAAUCUGGGCAGGUCGAGAUCCUCGAACGAGAAGUUCUUGAAGGAGGGCGAAUAUAG